GGGUGGCCCUUCCCAAUAACGUUAACGGCGGCUGAGUGAUUGGGCGGAGUCAGGGCACCCCGCGCUGAACUUGCGUCGCAGAGGGAUGACGUACCUGUCCCGCCGUGAUGAGGGCAGCAGGGGUUUCCCCGCUGGUGUUGUUGUCCCUGGGGUCCGGAACUAUGGGAGGCAAUAGCGCAGGGCUCCCUGGCUGGCUCUGAUGGCGGCGCCCGGAGCGGUCAGCGGCCCCGUGCCGGUGCUGGACGAGUUCACGGCUCCGGCGGAGAAGAGCCGCUUCCUGGAGAAGAGUCGAGGCCGCAUUCAGAGCCUGUUCGGGGUGCGGCUCGCCGUGCUGGGGGCGCCGGGAGGCUGUGGCCCCUCGGGACAGCCCCCUGGCUCGGGCCCGGCCACUGACAGGAUCUGGCUGCGGCUCUCCGGGGACAAGGAGACUGUGCGCAGCGCCAAGGAGUAUAUUAAAGGACUCUGUGAACCUGAACUAGAAGAAAAGGAAUGUUAUCCAAAGGACAUGCACUGCAUUUUUGUUGGAGCACAGAGCCUGUUUCUUAACUGUCUUAUUCAGGAUACUUGUGCUGAUAUAACAGUGCAGGAAAUAGGAUUACUUAGUAUUAAGGGUGGUGCAGAGGCUGUUGUGAUGGCUAGAAGUCAUAUUCAGCAGUUUGUGAUGCUCUUUGAAAACAAUGAAGGCUUAUUAAGUGAUAAAGAAUCUAACAUAAAAAAGCAAUUUAAACAAUUUGUGGAAGCACAUGCAGAUAAAUAUACAAUGGACUUGUUGAUCUUGCCUAGCUCGCUUAAAAGAGAACUUCUGAAUCUUACACAAAAUGAUUGCUGUGAAGCAGAUGGCAAUAUUAUAGAUCUUACUACAGAUUCUGAAAGUACACCAGAGUUUUCACAGAACAAAACCACAAAACUAACUGUAAUGAGUGGAGAUGGAAGAACAAUUGGAGAGGAAGCAAGAAAAAAAGCUGGAACCCCUGUAACAGAGCUUACAAAACAAAUGGAUACGGUGUUUUCCAAUGCACCAGGAAGGUGUUUUGUUCCUAUUAAUGGUUUGACUCCACUUGAGGCAUCUGUUUCCAAAGAGAGACAGUCAUGUAAAAGGAGGUGCUCUGAUGCUGAGGAAAGGCUUCCUAAGAAACAGUUUUCAUUAGAAAGUGAUCAGGAGGGCAGGCCUACACCAUGCAAUAAAGAUCCAGAUAGGGAUGCAGUUAUUGAUCUGAUUUCUGAUACCUGCAGUGAGUCGGAUGAUCCAGGCUUUUCUGUUACAGACUGUGAUGACAUUAGUGAGGAAAUGGAAUACAAGAUUCUUGUAAACUUUUUCAGGACCAUGGGAUAUUCCCAAAAAAUUGUAGAGAAAGUUAUUAGUGAACUGGGACAAUCAAUGGAACCAUUAAUGCUGCUGGAAGCAAUAGAAAAGGAAAGUACAACAUUUCAGAAGGAAAAGGAACAGUCACCGCAGAUAUCUAGAACCGUAAGUGUGCAUUCAGGUGGUAAUGCAGAUCUUUCACAGACUCUGAAAGAUAGAGGUUCUGUCAGUAAAAAUCAACUUAAACCCAGUCAUACUUUAAAGGAGACAAAAAACGUAAAACAAAAAAGAGCGAAUUCACCACGUGCACAGCUCCGGGCAGAAGACAAAAUGCAUGUGACAGACUAUACAAAUAAAACUGCUCUUCCUUCCACUGAAAAUUCAACAGAGCAUUGUAAACAAGUACAUCUGAAUUCUUCUGAUCAGAGUCCCAGUUCCAGGAUAAAUGAUAUAGAAACAGAUGGUCACAUACCGUCUUUUAACACUGCACAAGAAUUAAAGAAAUAUGGAGCACUAAAAGAUGUUGACUUUGUAGCAAGAGGGAGCUCAGACCGAGAGCAUGCAUCAGUUCAGACUGAAACUGUAGUUCAGCAAAAAUCUGCAGGGCCCUCGAAUACGCAGAAUAAUCAACCUGUUCAUGUGGAGAGACCAGGACAUGGCAAUCCUUCCCAGUUUAGACUCCUGCACCAACCCUCUUUUGAUAUCCCAAAACCCAUUGAAUGUCCUCCAACUUCUGUGUUUCCAUCCCAACUGCAUGCUUCAAAUCGAGAGGGGAAGAUAGUGGGACCAUACAGUCAUCAUACAGAUGCCUCAGUUACUGGGGUUCAAAGGUUUAUGGAUUCUCUGAAAAAGCCGUAUAAUCUGGAGUUGAAAAAUGAACCUGGGAGAGCAUAUUUAAAACACAUCAUUAUAGAUGGAAGCAACGUUGCAAUUUCUCAUGGUCUACAGAAGUUCUUCUCCUGUCGAGGAAUUGCAAUAGCUGUUGAUUACUUUUGGAAACGUGGCCACAGAAAUAUUACUGUGUUUGUUCCACAGUGGAGAACAAAACGUCAUCCUAACAUCAAAGAGCAGCAUUUUUUAACACAGCUCCAGGAUGUUGGAAUAUUGUCUCUAACUCCUGCAAGGAUGGUAUUGGGAGCAACAAUUGCUGCUCAUGAUGACAGAUUUUUGCUGCAUCUUGCUGAUAAAACUGGAGGCAUUAUUGUUACCAAUGAUAAUUUCAGAGAAUUUGUGACGGAAUCAUAUUCUUGGAGAGAGAUUAUUGAAAAAAGGUUGCUCCAAUACACAUUUGUUGGGGACAUAUUCAUGGUUCCUGAUGAUCCUUUGGGAAGAAAUGGACCUAGAUUAGAGGAUUUCCUUCGGAGUGAAUGCUGUUUUAGAGAUUUUCCACCAGCACAAAUAACUCUACCGACUGGAAGACUGCGUUCUUCUGGGACCUCACACUUCAUGCCAAUACCCAAGUCAUGCAGUAAUAAUAGACAACCUAUGAACCAAGUACAUGGUGGUCCUCCAUCUGCCAGGCUUCCAUGUGAACCAAACUUGCCAAACAUACAGACUGGUCUAACAGUUCCACCACAAAGAUCUACUACAGAAACAAUACAACUAAGGGAAGCAUUGAUAAAAAUAUUUCCUGAUUCUGAGCAAAGACAGAAGAUUGAUCGAAUACUAGCUGAACAUCCAUUCAUGAGAGACCUUAAUGCACUAUCUGCCAUGGUGCUUGACUGAGUAUGAUACAGGGGUCUUACAUUGCAACUGAUCCAUCUAAACUUUGAAUAUCAGUGUGAAGAUACAUGUUGCUCAGUGUCAUCGUCACUUUAUGAAUAUUCAAAAAAUACUUUUAUUUGUAUAAAAAGAUAUGAACUAUUUUUUGUGCAUAUCCCUAGGGCUUUCAGGCAUCAACCUUUUUUUGAUAAAUUAAGUUAUGCUGCUAUUACAGAUUUGUAUUAACAUUUUCUGUGAAAGAAAACAAAACCUUGCUUCUGCCUCCUUGGAAUUGUUUAUUAAAGAAGUAGCAGUUCACUUUAGAAUAAUGUAUUUGUACUCGUUUCUUAAUUAUACUUAAGGGGGGGAAGGUCACGUUUGACACACACUCAGAUUAGAAUAUUUAUUUUAAAAUAUAAGAUGAAAAUGGAACCUUUAAACAGUUCACCAUUGGGGGAUGUAUUUGCCAGAUGUAUGCACAUAGUCUCAUUAGCAUUAAGUACACACCUUCAAGUAAUUGUUUUUUGCCACUGGGUUGGAAUUGCUUGUACUAUUAUAGAAUAUUACAUUUUCUCUGUAUUGUAGAAGUAAUGCCACUAGGUGGCAUCUUGUAUCCAUUAGUUUGUAAUGACCAAGAAAAGGGCUUCUAACUGAAAUUCAGAAAUGCCAAUUCAUAUAAUCAAAAGAACAUACAAGCAAAGAGAACUAAAUUGAUGACUGAGACAGUGCUACUGUGGCACCAUUUAGGGAAUAAAUAGUGAGAGGGCUGUUGAACAUAAUUUUAAACAACAUUAUUCACAUAAAAACCUUACAGGAAAGAAUUCUGCUAUUGCAGGAGGCCAGGAAAUAAACAUUAGUCUGUACACAUGCGUGGGAUUUUGGUUCUCAGGUAGUUCUAAAAUUACUUCAUUCUUAAACUGAAUUCACUCACCCUACUAAUCCAGAUUGGGAGUUAAUACCUUAGGGUAUUUCCACAUAGGACUGUUAAAACAGAAAUGUACAUCCAUAAGCCACUAUAACAGAAAAAUGCUUUUAAAAGAACCACCACAGUUUGAAGAUGCCAAGUAACUGAUUUUUAUUUUAUUUUUUUAUGGUCAGAAAGGUCUCUUGGCCCCCCCAAAAAUAAAAAAUCUUUACACUA